AUGGCAGACGAAGAGAUUUCUGAUGCGGAUAAUGCCCGUAUUAGGGAUUUUGUAGUGCGAUAUCUUUAUGACUACCAUCUUCCGGAAGGUGAAGGCAUUUCUGGCCCUACAAUUCAACAAGCGUAUAUCAAUGAACUGGACCGCGUCCUGGCUGAGAGUUCGACCUCAAUUAAGAAUCAGAAAAAGUGUUUCAAGAGCAUUGUGAAUAGUAUGGUGAAUGAGGGUACAACGGUCAAUUUUAUUGAAAACGCGGACGGCAAGGGUGUCUUUCGACUUUACGAUUUUGUCAGGCCUCGAGAUAUCGAUUCGUCUUCUAAUAAAGAGAACAACUCCAACGGGCAUGCCGAGUAUGUCUCAGAGCCAAGUGUGCGGCCGGAAAGAUCGCACAAGAGGAUCGAUCGAAGUCUCAAGGAAGGCAUUGACCCAAAAGCAUUGGCCCCGAAAUUCAAAAAAAGAAGAAUAACUGAGGUGGAUGAAAGUGAUGCUUCUGGGAGUGAAACUCCUUUAAGUCAUUUGCGUUUUGGCAGCAGAAAUUCUAGUCCUCAGAGAUUAGCACGACUUGCACUCGGUCCCUUGGAUGGAAAUAGAAGAAUUUCUGCCCCAGAACAGUUUUACAGCCCGUCAGUCCAGUCUGACCAUUAUACGCAGAUGGAAUUUUUGCCAAAUCCCGAAUCAAAGGAUGAAAAUCUGUCGUCAUUGCCAAUAUGGCUCCAGAAGGGUCUAAGUGACCUUUGUCAAAAGUACCCAGAUCACCUAUUCAAACCAACAGAUACGCGUGAUAUUCAAUGUACAGAUUGCGAAAGUAUCAUUGUAGUCUCAAAGAGCAGAAUAAUGAAUUCUUUCGAGACUCAUUUGAAAUCCAAAGGACAUUUGGGAAACAUGGAAUAUAGACUUGCCAAUUCGGCUCCACCUUGCCCCCCCUCUGCAUUAUCCAUAGUAUCGGCUAUGCCACCACCACCUCUACCUCUUCCAGUCGCCCCACCUUUGGCGGGAUUAUCAGACAGCUCAAGCCCGAAUGGGGGCCUUUUAGAGACUAUGAUAGCUAAUGUUGUACAACAAAGCACUGGUCCUUUAACUGCACAUAUACGAAGUUUGGAACAUCGGCUGGUGUCAUCAGAGAAUGUCCACAAUCAGAAGCUUGAGGAGAUGGCUAGACAACUUGAUGAAUCUGAAAAUCGAAACCGUGAUCUAUUUUCGCGAUUGGAAGAAUGUAAAUCAUCAACAGAAGAAUUGAGCGCUAGACUUUUUGCCGCAGAGGCUGGAUCCAGGGAACAAAUGGAGCUAUCUAGGCGUUUAAGGUUUGUAGAACAAGCCAAUGAGUCGUUGUCAGCGUCAAGAAGCAGUCAUGCAACGCAGCUUAAAGAGGCACAGGGCAACAUAAAGGCACUCAAGCAGGCCCCGAUUCCAAGAAUUGACUCUGCCAUAGCAGAUCAAGCCAAUCGAAUUUUGGUCCUCGGUAAACAGCAUGAAGGCACGGCACACGAUUUGUCACGCCAUUGUAAGCUGGAAGAGGAGCUUCGCCGAAAGAUGAUUGCUCAGAUGGAGGACGAACGUCAGAAACUCAACGAACGUGUUAAUCUAUUGCAGACUGCAGUAGCUUCGCGACAUGGUGAUCUUGAGGAGCUUAAGAACAAGGUUUCUCGUGGUCCUCAGCAUGAUCAGAACAAGUACGAUUCUCUGAGGUCACAGCUUACCUCAGAAUUACAGACGCAGUAUAUACAACUCUCUACCAGAAUAAAGACUAUAGAGAAGAAGAUAAUCCAAGAGUCUACACAGUUUACUUCCUUGGAUCACAGGACUGCUGAAUGGAUUGAUACCACAAACAAAAAGCACGAUUCCAAGCUUGCAGAUUUGGAAAGCGCGAUAGGCAAAAAAUUCCUCACUGUCAGUGCCAACCUUACGAGUCACAUUGACGAUCUCAUGAAGCAACGGGCGGACAGAGACGGUGAAGUAGGAGCAGCCAUGGAGCACAAACUAACAGCAUCUGAGAGAACAAUUACAACCUUGAAGCAUCAACUCAUUGCCUCGCAAAAUCGACUGGCAGCUACGGAAGAAACAGUCUCACAAUUUGUAUCGAAUGUCAAUCUCCAGAAAGAACACACAGAGUUAUUGGCGUUUAAUUGGAAGACUUGGCAAGAAGAUCGCGAAGAAGAACUCCGCAAUUUAGAUAUUGAGGUCAUGAAGAAUUCUUCUGCCAUGGAAAAGUUGCAGACUGAACAUUCAGCCUUUUUGGAGUCAACUCCCAGAACCAUUCAACAGAUGGAAAGUCGACUGGAAGCACAAAGGCAAAUUUCUUCCAAGGAACUUCAAGAGAGCUUGGAAUCAUCGGAAGCACUGUUGACGGAAAAGAUUUGUGCUUUGCAGGAAACCCAGGUGAAGCAUCGUCAGUCAACGCUGGAGCUCCAGCAUAAGCAAUCGGAUACACUCAUGAACAGGUUGGAUGACAAGGUUCGAAAUGUAGAGAAAACAUGUGCGGAUCUGGCUCUGAGCACCCAAGAGAGUCAGAAACAAAACAUAAUUCUCAUGGAUCAAAAGCUGCAGGAACGACUCAAAAGCGAAGCUCAAUGCCACAAAGCCACGACCGAUUCUCUCAUCCAGGAUUUUGUAUCCAAACGCGAUCGUGAGCUAGAAGUUAAAUAUGAAGAGACAUUCAGGCCAGUUCUAUGGAAGUAUUUGACAGAAAAGGAUCAAGCAUUGAGGAAGGAAUACGAUGAGAACAUCGAAACUUCAUUUCAAUCGCGCAUGCUCGAAAGAGAAAAAGAGCUCGAAUUGAAGUAUGAAGGAAAGUUCAAACCUUUGAUCGCAAGCUUUUUGAUGGAUCAACAAAAGGUCCUCAGAGAUGCGUAUGAGGCUCGCAUUGAAAAACUGUUGAGCGGUUUCAAGGACGAAAUUUUAUCGGCUGACAAAGAAAACAAAAAUCCGAGCAUCAAAACAGAAGAAGAGCUCAAGUCUCUCGGUCUCGGUCUCACGGAGGAAAAAGAAGCAGCCCUUUUGAAGAAGCAUGAAACAGACAUCGAAGAAUUAAUUGGCAUUCAUCGAGCAGAGAUGGGAGUACUCGAGGAGCAGACUUUACAGCGUUUACUAACGCUGGAGCUGACGAUCAAGGAUCAAGCACAACAGAUAGAAGAUAUUGACUGUGUGUUCCCAUUGGUACUGGAUGAUCUGAAUGGGUUGAUGAUACAGGAGAGGGUUCGAAAUCGUGGAUUGAGAAAAGCCAAUUUGCGAGUUCGUAAAGGUGGGAGGUGA